AUGGGUGUUGCAAUCUCGAGAAAAUCAAUUCUUGGGGGACAUUGUGUGGAUACCGGUGAAUUUUUGGGAGAACCUUUAACUGAAUAUAUUGACACUUUUGUUUCGGUUGGCGGUGUUGCCUACGGAAUGGAAUGGUGCCCCAAAAAUCUCCCAGCCUGUAAUGCUAUUGAUGGAAUGGUUUGUGAUUCAGAAUAUAUGAUGGACAUUAACCAGGCAAUGGCUCGUUAUGAGGGAGAAAAUUCUUUUGCAAUUUAUAGCAGGUAA